ACUCUUGCCCGCUUUAAUGACAGUUAUGAUGUAUUAUCGAGUCAAGGUUGGAUGUAACCGCAUGAUUCACCUUUUUGAUUUCUAUGUUUCUUUUGUUUGCGAUUGAGGAUAUUGUUUCCUUUGUGAGCAUCUUUCUCUUCUUCUCUUUGUUAUUCCUCUUUAGAGGAAUAUUUUGUGGACUGCGCUCCAGAAAGGACCCCACCCCGGGUCCCGCGCAUUGCUUUGAGAUUUAUUUGAUUUGUGCAAGCCGAUAGAUGCAUGUUUUGCGGCGUUUAUGAUGAAAUGGAGGGAGCGGGUGGUGGGGUGGAACAAGGCUACAGGUGUAUGCGUGUGUGGGAAAUUGGCUAUUAUUGGGAAAGCAAUUGUUCCUUUUCUUUUUCUUUUCAUUUCUUUUUUUUUUUUAUUUUUUUCCCCUUACCGACCGAUCAAUCCGUCCGUCCGUGUGUUUCAAAAGAUAGAUUACCAUACUUUUCUGAAUCGAGUCUGGCUUCAACCAAGCCAUGUUGCUAUGCAAUGCCACUAUCCUCCAUCUAGAAGUUCGUCGAGUUCGAAUCGAGCCGAGGCCAGGUCAGGUCAGGUCUCAGGCCCGCCAGCGACCCAAAAAGUUACUUUGUCGGCAACUCCACCCAUCCCGAAAUCCCCGCGCAUGUCUCCGGUCCCAAAGUGGGUAACUGCCAACCCAGACCGUGGACGGGGAGGCUUUCGCCUCCCGCCGAUGGCUGUGCCUGCUGAUUGGUCGGCUCGUAUGGCAACCCUGGGGCAGCAGUGGAUUUGAACCUAAGGGGGGGUUGCGCUUGGCCCCUUGACACUAAAACCAGUAGGCCCAGUUUUAGUGGCCUAAACAUACUGUUUACUUGAAAUGGGUCAAUUAAUUCGUUUUCCAGUGACCAGUUUGUGGUUUACCGGAUCCAAACAAGCGUAA